CUUCUCUGGACUCACCUCUUUGACGUGCUUGCAUCCGCGUUUGAGGAGACAGCAAGUGCUCAUAAAGGCUCAUCAGUCACCAAUGCAGGACUCAGGAGACCCUGUCGCGGGUCCCAGCAACCAUGCAGGCGCUUCGCGAGCCGACGCCACGCUUCUUCGCCAAUUCGUUAUGGAAUACCUUCAACAACAUGGAUUUGACAAGGCUUUGACAAUGUUUCAACAGGGUAUAGCGAAUCAGGAAGAUGAGAAGGAUGCGGACGGAGAAGACGAAGGUGGAGCGACAGCCGGCGGAACCGCAGGGGCGGCAGGAGGUGCCAAUGCAAAUGCAUCAGCUGCGGGAGGAAGAGAAGCCAUCUUUCGAGCGCCUGGACCUAUCCCUAUCGAUUCAACGUUGAAACGGAAUAUCCCUCAGGCUCAAGCUCUCUCUGCCUCGACGCUCUCAGGACGCAUCACUCCUGAAUUCGAGGCUCAAGCGAAAUACAUCAUUGAUUUGAUUCAGAAACGAGCCGAGUUGAAAGAUGGCGAUGGGGAUGGGGCCGAGGACAAAGUACAGGCUGGCGGUGCGAAGGGGGACCCAAUAUUGGAUCCUUCAGACAGAGUGCUAGGGUACAGAAAGUUUAGGAGAUGGGUCGAUGAUGGAUUGGAGCUGUGGAGGCCUGAAUUAGACGCAAUUUCGUUCCCCCUCUUCGCGCAUACUUUUCUCGAUCUCAUGGCCUUUGGCUUCACAGAGGCUGCUCGGAAAUUCUUUGAAGCGAAUAAAUCACAUCAUAUACAAGCCCAUUCGCAGGAGAUCUCAUCCCUUUCAGGCGUCGUGAACAGGUUCCAUUUGACCACCAGCUCGUGCUGUCAGCAGUUAAGAUCACAUCGAUAUACCAUCAUGUUGUCUCGUAACGCAUACGAUCUCCUCUUACAGUGGCUGAGUGGAGGUGGUCUGGACGAAGAAUGGGAGUCUGGUCUGCAUACAAGUGCUGGGAGGGCGAAAGACGCUGUCAAGGCCAUUAUCAAUGACCAUGUCAAAGUCUCUGUCUCCGCAUCCAGUAUUGCCUUGGACGAAGUGGUCAUCGCCUCUACUAAUGGUCUCCUUCCUUCCACUGUCACUCGUUCUGCAUCCCUUGAUACUUUCAACACUCAAGCUCGACUCAAGCUCGGCCCUAUACCUAUGACUGAAAAGCUUAAAGAGCAAGUAUCAAGAACUCUACAGGACGAAGAGGAUGAGGCACGAAAUGAAGGUGUCAAUGGCGAUUCCGAAGCGGAGCCUAACGGCCACUUGAAUGGUGAUGGAGAUGUCGAUAUGGAUCGAGAAGUGGAGAAAGAGCCGGUUGUAAGGGAGGUCAAGCUCGAGCCGGAUCUAGUCGACACGUCGGACCUGGUCAGUCCCGGGGAAAAUGACACGCUACCUCCUGUUCCGCCAGUAUUUCGAAUUUCAGAUCUCAAACGAGAAGUGGAAGCUAUUCGAGAUCGACGGAAAAUGAUUCGACUAGGUCCUGGGGUCGAUGAAUCAGCGAGUGCUAUGACGCCGGCAGUCUUGCCCAGCGUAGUCGCGUUCACGCUGUUCGACAGUGCUCAGACGGCUACAUCUGUAGAAUUUUCUCGAGACUCGAGCCUCAUGGCCGUAGGAUCUCCUGAGAGUUGUAUAAGGCUUUGGAGUCUCAAGGGCGAGAAAUUAAAGGCCAAGUCGAUAGACCCGCUGGAUGGACUCUUGGUCGAAGAUGACGGCCUGCCUAUGCGCAAACUGAUAGGUCACUCUGGACCCGUCUACUCAGUCUCGUUCGACCCAAUUCACGGUUCCUCUGCCCCGCCUCAAUCCCUCUUGUCCUCCUCACAAGAUGGCACAGUCCGCUUGUGGUCUCUCGAUACCUACUCCAACCUAGUCGUCUACCGAGGACACAGUAAAGAUCCCGUGUGGGAUGUCGAAUGGGGUCCGAUGGGAGUUUACUUUGCAACUGCGAGUAGGGAUCGGACGGCCAGAUUGUGGAGCUCGGAUAGGGUCAAUCCACUUCGAAUGUACACUGGGCACCUGUCUGAUGUCAAUUGCGUAAAAUUCCAUCCGAAUUCGUUAUACCUCGCGUCUGGCUCCAAUGACAAUUCUUGUCGGUUAUGGGAUGUUCAGCGAGGAGCUUGUGUUAGACUUUUCCUUGGCCAUACAGAUGCAGUGACUACCAUUGCCAUUUCACCAGAUGGGAGGACAUUGGCUAGUGCGGGCCUCGACAGUAAUAUUUGGCUCUGGGACCUAGGAUCCUCACGACCGAUCAAGAAGAUGUCGGGUCAUCGUGGACCUGUCCAAUCAUUAUCCUUCUCAGCCGAAUCCUCUGUCCUCGUUUCCGGUGGUUUAGACUCCACAGUCAGAUGUUGGGACGUCAAGUCGGCGGGGGGCGACAGGACUAAAAUGGGAUCAAGUGAGGAAAACAGAGUAAUCGAUGCGGGACGAGCGACUGGUGAACUGCCGAUGAGUAGGACAAGUAUCAAGGUCGAGACGGUGGAUUCGACAUCCGACCUGCUCGCUACUUUUCACACGAAACGGACGCCUGUACUCAAGACGCACUACACGCCGAGGAAUCUGUGUAUGGUAGCUGGGACGUUUGUGCCUCCGAGUUCGAGCACGGCUACCGAGCUAGUCAACGGCAAGGCAUAGGUUUAGCAUUCGUCACACACAUGCAUCUUGCUAUCCUGGUGGUGA